UAGUCCUUAGCAAAUAUAAUUGUAGCCUGACUGGCUAGUGAGGUCUGUCAGUUGGAUCACAUUUCAUGGGCACAGAGGGAUAAAAAUCCAUUAAACCAAACUGUAUGGAAGGAUUGAAUUUCUCGGGCUGACCUGCUGAAUUCAGUCCAGAAAUGUCCUACUGAAGCAACACAAAGAGUAACCUAGAGAGGAGGGAGGCACUGGCAGCAGAAUCACACUUCCCUCCCAUCAGCAGCAGCAGCGUGCUGCGUGCGUCCGCGCGCGCGUGUGUAGUCAUAUCCUUGUGCAAAAGCCUAGUGAGAAAGAUUUCCCCGGUCCACAUUGGUUCACUGGUUUGAAGGCUAACCUGUGGGUCGGCGCACCGCUGUGAAAAGCAUGAAAACUGGGAUCCAGCAAACCAGAGAGCGAGCGAGAGGAAGGUGCGCACCAGCGAGCUGAACCCAAAGGGCUGUCCACAGGGAACCAUGUGCAGCUUCCUGAGCCCCAAACAGCCCAGUGGCCCCGGGCUCGCAGACAUGCAGCAGUAUCACCAGUGGCUGGCCAGUCGACAUGAAGCCAGCCUGCUGCCCAUGAAGGAGGACCUGGCCCUGUGGCUAACUAAUAUUCUUGGUCUGGAAAUCACCGCUGAGAGCUUCAUGGAUCGCUUAGACAAUGGCUUUCUGUUGUGCCAGCUGGCUGAGACACUACAGGAGAAGUUCAGGCAAAGUAAUGGAGACACGCCUGCCCUUGGCAACAGCAAGCAGAGUGUUCCCUAUCGAAGGAUACCGUGUCGGCAGAGCGCUCCCUCCGGCUCUUUCUUUGCACGGGACAACACGGCUAACUUCCUGGCUUGGUGUCGUGAGGUUGGAGUUGGAGAAACAUGUUUAUUUGAGUCAGAGGGUUUAGUUCUUCACAAGCAGCCACGAGAAGUGUGCAUCUGUCUUUUAGAGUUGGGACGCAUAGCAUCGCGGUACAAUGUGGAGCCUCCUGGCCUUAUAAAGCUCGAGAAAGAGAUUGAACAAGAAGAGAAAGCACCUCUACCUCCUUCUUCACCUGUAUCCCCAGCUCAGUAUCUCCCUCCAUCUCCCUCUUCCCCAUCCCCAACUCCUACCAAAGUCACUUCCAGCAAGAAAAGUACAGGGAAGCUCCUGGAUGAUGCUGUGAGACAUAUUGCUAAUGAUCCACCAUGCAGGUGUCAGAAUAAGUUCUGUGUGGAGAGACAGUCACAGGGUAGAUACCGUGUAGGGGAGAAGGUGCUCUUUAUCCGGAUGCUGCACAACAAGCACGUGAUGGUUCGUGUUGGUGGAGGCUGGGAGACCUUUGAAAGCUAUCUUCUGAAACAUGACCCCUGUCGUAUGCUCCAAAUCUCCCGAGUGGAGGGCAAGAUAUCCCCUAUCAGCAGCAAGUCCCCAAACAUCAAAGACCUCACCCCUGACAGCUAUCUGGUGGUGGCAGCACACUAUCGCAGCAAAAAGUGAAGACAGGAGACUGAAAAGUGCCAUUAAAAAAGGACACAGAGGAUGACUGCUUUCUGUUGUUUGCUCCAUACUUAGUGGAUGUGGUUAUCUAGCAUAUUUUUUACUAAAUAAAUAUUGUGGCUACAGAUACAAAGUCAUUCAUGGAAAGCUCAGUGUAAUAGUGAUGCUGGGUUUUGUUCUCUUGGUCUGUUCAGUCACGUGGAUGUUUGUGAUCACAUAAAGCCCAGAGUCACACUAGUAGGUCUAUUACUUUGCAUUUUAUUUAGUUUGAAAUAUGUGUUAAUCAUUACAAUAUAAUGGGUGAACUGGAUAAAAGUGAAGCUGUACAUUUUUCUUUAAGGUUUUUCAGUCACUAGUUGUGUUUUAAGUAGCUGUAGUUGGUAGAAUAUUUUUAGAGUUUAGCUCCUUUAAAAUCGUUGACCUGUCUGUUUAUGUACUGUGUAUGUUAAAAACAAAACUCUGAAUGACAUUAUGUAAGUGGUGGAGAAGCCAGUAUUCCUUGGCAACCUGGUAUGGAUUUCUUGUUGUAUUUGUGUGAUGGCAGACAUUUUUCUACCAUGGUGAUUAUUGUUUUUCCCUCUGUAAAAUUUGCCAUUUGGUUGAUUGUUAUCCUAAAUGUCUUACAGUACACUGAGUACACAGGUGACUCUAGUGUGCACCACACUCAAACCAUAAACUGAACUUUAGGGUAACUUACACCCCAAAGAAAUGUAAUUAACCAAAUCUUUACAUGACAAUCCACUGUGUAGUAGUCUUGUAAAAACUGCUCCUAGAAGCCAAACAUUUGAUUUAUCUUUUAUUUUUAUUAGGCUAAUAAAAUGUUCAAUUGUUUUCAUGUA